CGCUACCAACAAGAUGGCGUCGGAAGAGGCGAUUCAAACGAGUCUAGUGCAGAAUCUCGGCCUCCAGCGGCACGUGAACUGUCUCACCGACGAUAACCGCACCACCAGGCGGAGAGCGCUGGACUCCCUGCGGAAGGAGACCGUCGACAAGAAGCUGGAGCCCGCGGUGCUGCAGGGAGUCUUCGUUGAAAUUCUGAAACCGGUUUUAAAGAGUUUCUCUGAUCCUGUGGAGAAAUGUCGAGAACUGGCCAUCCAGCUGGUGGACGCUUUCCUCUCCACCGUUCCCGACCCCCCAGAAACCCUGCCCUACAUCCUCCCCACCCUGGUGCAGCGUCUGGGACAGAAGGACAUCACCGAGCCGUCCGAGGAGCUCCGGCUCAUGCUCGUGGAGACCCUGACGCGAAUCAUUGACCUCACGGGGCAGGAGCUGGCAGUGUAUCUUGAUGAUUUGGUGAAGAUCCUACAGCGUACGAUCGUGGACCCUUUCCCGGACGUGAAGAAGGAGAGCUGUCGGUGCGCAGCGAAGGUUGCGGUGAAGAUUCCGCAGCACUUCCACAUGCAGUCGGAGUCGCUGGUGAAACCUCUGCUCGUGACGAUCUCACACCAGCACUCUAAAGUCAGGGUCGCCGCCAUCAAGGCUAUCCACACAUGUAUACAGCAUGGGAACAACAAGAAUGUAGAAGACGUGGUGUCUCACCUGGCCCAGCGACUGUUUGAUGACUCAGCGAGCGUGCGGAUGGCGGUGACAGAGCUGUCAGGUGGCUGGUUGCUGGACCUGCCAGACAGAUACUCCUUCCACCACAAACUCAUCCCACUCUUACUGAGUUCAGUCAGUGAUGAUGUCCCAGAGAUUACAGACCGUGCCAUGCAGCUAUGGAGGGAGGUGGGAAAUAAGUACCAACAGGAGAAUGAAGAUGAACUGAAGGACAAGAUAGACUUUACCUACUCUAAAAUAGCCCACUUUCCUGAAGGAGAAGAGAGACCAAACCUGGGCUGCAGAACGCUGAUCUUCCGUAACCUGUCCAAGAUCCUGCCCGCAUGCCUGCGCGAGCUGGGAGACUGGGUGGUCAGCACCAGGGUGAAGGCGGCCUCCCUCCUGUACACACUCCUGCUCAACUCUGAGGACUACACCACCAUGCACAUGGAGCCGCUACUGGCUGGGCUGUAUAAGGCUUGUGCUGAUGAGGAAAAACAAGUCAGGAAUAAGGUUAUCAAGUCAGCAGAACUGGUGGGGUGUUUUGUGGAGCCAGAGAUCUACUGUCAGCUGAUCCUGCCUGCCCUGGAGAGACAGCCGGGUGCUAACAUUCUCAUGGUGCUGGCAGCCAUCGUCAGGGACUGUCGUCAGGAGCACAUCAGGACACACCUACAGGCCGUGUGUCACACCCUGGCACUGCCUGAUGUCUGCAGAGCAGAAGAACCCCAGUAUCAGCACCAGCUGCUGUCCUGUGUACAGGCCAUCCUGACUGUCAGUCAGCAGGAGACAGCACCGUACAGCCUGCAGCUGUUCACUGUGCUGGUCAGCACCAUGGCUCUCUGUAGGGAUGGUGCAGUCAUGGAACAGGUCCAGACCACCCUGCAGCAGCUUGCAGAUGUCCAGGCGCUGUCAGGUGUGCAGCAGCUGUACACCAGUCACACACAGCAGGUGCUCCAGAUGCUGCAACCCUCACACGCACACUGGACCACACUGUCACCAGAACGGAUCAUCUUUGACACUCUAUUAUUACAAGCAGGUCCAGUUGUUGGAGACCUUCUUCCAGAGAUAGUUCCUAUCAUGGAGACCAACGUCCAUCCAGACAAGGACCACGAACUACGGCUCAAGUUCUUCACACUCUUGUCUAAACUACUCAUCAAUGCAGAGAAGACGGUAAACGCGUCAGGACAAUUUGGAGAGUUUGCCCUGGGCGUGGUACAGAGGAUGAUCCUGGUGAACUGUGUGUGGCAGGCGGGGAGGACAGCCGGCGCCAUCCGUACCAUCGCUGUGUCCAGUCUGUGGGCACUGCUGAAGAGCGGACUGCUGUCUGUACAACAGGCGAACACCAUCAUAGAUGACAUGCUGACCCAGCUGGUCACACUACUGGAUGACGACGUCCAGUCCACACGACUCAUCACCUGCCGCGUGCUCAACCACCUGCUCAACCUCUGCGGCACAACCUUCCACCCUGACAGACUCAACAAGGUGUAUCCAGAGCUUCUCAAACGACUGGAUGACAACAGCGAUGAGAUUCGCGUGGCCGUGGCAAAGACGUUCUCCACGUUUUUCCCGUGCAUCGGUGACGACUACGACAGGACGCUGUACAAAGCACAUCUAGAGUUCAUGUUCAAGGGGCUGCUGGUCCAUUUGGAUGAUACAGAUGAAAGAAUACAAGAGAACAUGUUGGGUGUGUUGAAACAGGCUGCAAGAAUACAUCCCUCCCUCAUGCAGCAAGAAAUCACUGCAGUCAAACAUAAACACAGGACCCCCAAGUACUGCGACCAACUACUGCAGCACAUACAGGCACUGCCUAAUGAUACUCAGGACAGCUAAGUGGUGGGAAAGAACAGUCCCUCCAGUGCAGGCACUCAAUUUGUUAUAGCAUUGAGCACCCAAGUGGUCCUUCCAAUAAAUGUUGAUCAGCAUUUGAAAACUAGAUUUAACACUUUGAAAUUUCCUUUUGUAUACAUAUACAAAAUGUAUAUACACUUGAAUUUGUACUUUAAUUGGUACAAAAUAUUGGGUAUUCACAAAGUGCUCCUUGCUCCAAUAACAAAAACUUUGAUAAUCAUAUACUUGGAGAUAGAGGUGUACGAUAGAGGACUUUUAUUUUGUAUUGCAGUUAUAGUUAGAACGUACAUGGAAUAAUGAUGUUGUCAUUUGCAAGGUUUUUCCCCAUUUGCUUGAAAUAAAUUCAUUCUUACAAU